GACCCUGCAUCACUGAUAAGGAUGCUCCUAAGCCUGAGUCACCUGGAGAGGCUGCAACCGGUUGUCACCCAGCAGGAGAAAACUCUUCCUCUUCUGAAUAUUUCUCCUGUGUCUCCUCCCCUUCCAAGUUUCCCCGUCUUGAUGAGGAUGGAACCUAUGGAUUACGUCAAAAUAUUUCCUGUCUUGAAACCCUUGAGAAACCUGUACCAAAGUCAUCUAGGAAACAGAAGAACAUCCAGGGACACAUAGGAGGACCCUGCAACACUCAAGAGGAUGCUCCUAAGCCUGAGUCACCAGUGGAGCUCCCAGGCUGUAGUCACCCAGCAGGAGAAAACUCUUCCUCUUCUGAAUAUUUCACCUGUGUCUCCUCCCCUUCCAAGUUUCCCCGUCUUGAUGAGGAUGGAAUCAAGAUGAUGCCUGUAUCACAGGAAUUGAAGCAAAAGGAGAAUCCCUUCACCUUUCCACAUAAGUCUUCCCAUUUGGUUAAGAAUAAUGAGCCCUUUAUGUCCUCAGUAUGUGGGACAAAUCUAAGGCUCAUGACAAUUUACUACAUGCGUGUGCGAAUGAAAAGGGGCGUGGCUGUCUUAAGCGAUUCAGAGGAAGGAUUGGAGCCUCCCUCAAAACAAAUGAAAAUGGAAGAAAUGACCUAUGUUGAAAAGGUCCAUAAAAAUGUCCCCCACUCUCACAUGUCUCCAACGGAUCUGCUAAUUGAUGAGCCCAGUUCAGUCAGCCAAGGCCAGAGCAGCAGCCCGAAGUUUUACAGGCUAGUAGGGCGCCCGUCUCAGGAGGUGUAUCCCAAGGCCACGGUGCCUGAGUGGCUGGUGGCCCCAGACCGUGGCUUCAGGUGCAUGGCCUGCUGCCGGGUCUUCCCCAGCUUAGAUGUCCUGCAGGAGCACGUGGAGUAUGGGGUCAAUGAGGGCUUCAGCUGCCACGCUUUCCAUCUCGCCAUGGCUCGUCUAAAGCACAAAGAGCCUGAUGAAGAGAAUGAAGAAGAAAAUCCAGAAGGCCGCACUUAG